CCUCACUCUAAAAAAAUUACGGAUACGGAUUCAACGCAAAGUGUAUGGUUCAAAGUCCAGGAGGAACAUUUUCUGUCGAAUUGCUGAUUACGAGAAACUGGUUCUGUAGUUAUAGACAGUGACAAUGAACGAACCUAGUGAAGUUAGGUGCACAAAAACGAAAUUUUCUCUGAUCAUUUGGAGAGUUUGCAAUGUAUAUAUAUGCAUGYCAUUGUUCUUUGGUCUAGCAAGUUAUGUGAGGCAAGUGAUUCCCUUAUUUGGUUACAUUGUUUGAGAKACUUUGUAUCUAUAGCCUACUGUAUUUGGCGUUAGCUGUAGGCAUAUCUACUUCUGUUGAACUCAUGCAUUUAGCAGAGUAAUUUAAUGAGUGAACAUGGUGUGUGUCUAUGAAUAUUUGGGUCAAAUUAGUAAAUCCCAUGUCUUAUCCUUUGUCUUUUUUAUUGGCAUAGAUUAACGAUCCGGAUGCAGUGUUAUGGGUUGUAGGAUCACGCUUUUUUUAGUCGUUUAAUGUUCUUAAUGAAUUACUAUAAUUUUAGUGCUUUUUAUUUAUUUUUAUUUACAGUAAUCCACAUACACACCUUUUCUAUUUCCAGGUUGCCUAUGCUAUUCCAGCAAAUCUGUGUUUAUUGAUUGCCAUUAAACCACAUGUAACAGGAGAAUUGGUAAACUUCAUGUACUUAUUUCGACUGCUGUUUUUUUUCAUGAUGGGAUGGACUGUAUAAAGAGCGCAUCACAAAUAUCUUCCAGCAAGAGGAGGGAAGGGAAUUAUCUGGUCUCAUGUUGAUACUUGUCUGGCUUCUCCGUGUCAACACUCUGGAAAGUAAAUCUAUGCGGGAGUUGGACGUGCCGGACAUCACAGUGGUUGUCUUUUUACGACUCAAGAUCAUUCUCGUCUUUACCUCCACCGCCCCCUUCUGGUGAUAAAACCAAAAAGACAGGGCCAGUGACUUGGAAAUCAUUAGCAAUAACAUUUGCGUUUGGGGGUGUUCUCCUUGCCGGAAUGAAAUAUUUCAAAAAGGAAAAAGAAGAAUUGAUUGAAAGAGAAAGGACAAAGUCAAUGGGGAAACCAGCACUUGGGGGUCCAUUCUCUCUUGUGGAUCAGAAUAAUAAACCCUGUAAAAGUGAGGAUUUCCUCAGCCAGUGGGUCCUUAUCUACUUUGGGUUUACACACUGCCCUGACAUCUGUCCUGAUGAAAUCGAGAAAAUGAUUGAGGUGGUGGAUGAAAUAGACAGGAUACAGUCUCUUCCAAACCUGACCCCCAUUCUCAUCACCAUUGAUCCUGACAGGGACACACCUGAGGCCAUGGGAACAUAUGUGAAAGAGUUCUCCCCUAAGCUCAUUGGCCUGACUGGGACAAUGGCCCAAAUUGACCAGGUCUCUCGAGCUUACAGAGUCUACUACAGCCAGGGACCAAAGGAUGAAGACAACGACUACAUUGUCGAUCACACAAUCAUCAUGUACCUGGUUGGUCCGGACGGAGAGUUCAAGGAGUAUUUUGGACAGAACAAGAGGAGCGCUGAGAUCUCCUCUUCCAUUGCAUCACACAUGAGGAAGUACAAGAAGGGGAAUUAAGAGGUGAGAUGAAGGAGAACUGGUCAAGUGCACUGUCUGUGUCUGGGAACACCUCUUGUGUGCCUCUCUCACAGCCUCCAGAGACUGUCAGCAGCCUCUGGCCCAGCAGGACUGAACGCUGCCAUGUUAUGUCAAUGACAUGGAAUAUUUAUCUACAUUACAGCUUUUCAUUGAAUUCAGAUGUCUACGACUUACCAUUCCCUUGUUGUGGUUCACCAUUUAACAUGGUCUCUAAUAUCAUAUUUAAGUUUAAGAUGAUUUAAAGUGAUUGUUUGCAAAUGGGUGUUGACAACACUUAAGUGUUUAUUUUUUUCUGCUUUGCCCAUUAUUUAAAUUGAUGUGAAAUGUGAGAGCCAAACAGAAAUACUUGAUUUUAAGUACCUCAACAAAUGUAACUACCAUAAAAUGGAGGGGGAAAGUAUUCCCUGGAAAUCAAUACUGAAGAACUAAAGGUUUCCAGUGUUUACCCUUGGACACUCCUAAUGGAAAAAUACAUGAAUAGUUGUCUUUGUGCUGUUACAGUUCGGCUUUACUUCCUUUACACUAAUUCUCCUUUUUAGCCUUGCUGUUAAGUCUGGCCCAAUACCUGGACUCGUCUCAGUGACACCAGAAACAUUUAUGCACUGUAAUAACUCUUUGGUUACUCGAUUUGUACUAUUCAUAAAUCAGUCAUAUUUCAACUGAAUUUCCAAAGUAAUGUUUAAUUUAUUAAACUUGAACUUACAAUUA